AAAUAUGAGGACGAUGGUCAUAUUUAUUAAAAAAAAAAUUUCCAAGUUUAAUUCAAAUUAAUAACGUCAAAAAGAAUUAAAGUAGAGAUUGCUUCAUUUGAUCGACGGAGAGGAGAGGGCGGCGCGUUUUGUGAUAUGAAGAGCAGUAUAUCGUACUUCAAAUUACAGCUUUGAAUUGAAAAUCCAAUCAUUCUCUCCUACUUUCGUUUGCUUUUUAUUGAUUUUUAAAAAAUUCUUCAUCGGAGCAAACCGGAGAUUUUGAGUGGUAGGUGUUGGUAGGUGAAGAUUUUUCUUGGAUCCUAGAUCCCUGCUCUCCCCGUCGUCGCAAUUGAACGAGGAGUUGAAGAAGUUCGAGUAGAUGUCCCCGUCGAAUAGUUCGGCAAGUGGAAUUAGUGGGCAUGGAGGACCGAAUUACAUAGAGCAUCAAAUUUCCAGAAUGGAUACUCUCGCCGGCAUCGCCAUUAAGUACGGAGUCGAGGUGGCUGACAUCAAGAGGUUGAAUGGCUUGGCAGCAGAUCUUCAAAUGUUUGCUUUGAAGAAACUGAGAAUUCCUCUACCAGGAAGACAUUUACCAUCACCAAGCUUGUCUGAUGCUUCUGUCAUUACAGGAAGUGGACCUGUAAAUGAAGAACCUCUACAUUUAGGCCAACCUACUAGUAUGCUGAACUCCUUGCAAUCUCUGAGAUUGAAACCACCUAACCAGAAAGCCUCCUCUGCCAUGAGCACAUUACAAAAAUACUAUGGCCUAAAAUCUCAAACUCUCGAGCGUGCAUCUGAAGGUAUGGAGAUGGCAGUAUAUAGAACUGAAAACUCAAAUGGCAAUGAUGAUGGGUUGUUUCUCAGAACCUCUGUGCUUUCUAUGCCACCUCCGAACAUUCACCCAAAGAACAGGAAAUAUGCUGGUAGUUUCUUUCCUGAGAAUGACUCAAUAACCGAACACCUACUACUUGCAGAACCUGGAGAUGGAGAGAGUGAGAAAUCUGAUGAGAAGUUAGUUCGAAGGCGUCAAAAGACUGAAGUUGACAAUGGGAUUGGCACCCCAGAGAGAUUGUUGAAGGGCGAAAAUAGUGGUGGAGGCUAUUUUUCCGCUGCUUCAAAUGGAAAGGGUUUAGCCAUGAGGCCAAAAUCAGUUAGCAGAUCCAUGCUGCUACCAGAUACAGAUCCGGUAUGGAUAAAUUCCAUUCCAGUAGGAUUAGGAGAUGCUAUAAUUACCGAUGGCAUUUCAGAAGUUCAUAAAUCAUCAAGUACAUCAAACCUGAGAGACCAAGAUAGCAAUAAUUCAGCAUCCGUGUGGCCAACUACAAAGUGGAGUUUGAAGCCAGAUUUGCAAGCUCUCUCAAGUGUUGCAAUCUCAAAACCCCUAUUUGAUGGUCUGCCAAAUCCAAUCACAGGCCGCAGGAACAAAGCUGCUCUUGAUUAACCAUGUUCAUAACUCUGUUCAUAUUCACAUUCAUCGAACUGCUUUGAUUCUUUUCGUGUGUCCAGGAAAUUCUUUUGCGUGUAAUAUUUACAGGAGUGUAUAGGUAGCAGUGCAAAAUAAUAGAAGAUUGAUUGUCCGAGGAAGUUGACAUAAGUAAAUACUACACUAAGGUAUUUUUUUUUUUGUCAAGAUUUGAAUCAUCUGGGAAAAGGUACUGCCUACGAGAGCCUAUUUUCAGCCUGAAGUUGCAGGCUUGCAGUUUGAAGAACUUAAUUUAUUUGUACUGAAAACUAUACGAUGUCAUUAAGCUUCCAUGAGAAUAUAGCUAAAAUUUAAAUUCUUGA